AUGGCGCCCCAUGCCACGCAUCUGCUCGCCGCUCGGCCCAUUGUGCUGAGUCUAGCCAAAGUCAUCUUCUUCGCCUUCUCUCACCUUCCGCUGGCGGCAGCUGCUCCAAUGCUGUCGCCCUAUCUCAUCUCCUCACAUCGCGAGGCCGAACCUUCAACAGAACCCGACGACCCAAGUUUAUGGCUGUACCUGGGCAUAUCGGCAGCCUUGGUCUUGAGCGGUGGAGCGUUCGCGGGACUUACAAUUGCAUUGAUGGGCCAGGAUGAAGUCUACUUACAAGUGAUCCAAACGUCUGGUGAAGCCUCGGAGAAGAAGAAUGCCGCCAGUGUCUUGAACCUGCUCAAGAGGGGAAAGCACUGGGUGCUCGUCACUCUUCUCCUCAGCAACGUGAUCACCAAUGAGACUUUACCAAUCGUCCUGGAUAGAAGCCUCGGCGGUGGAUGGCCAGCUGUGCUGGGAAGUACUGCCUUGAUUGUCAUUUUCGGCGAGAUUGUUCCUCAGUCAAUCUGUGUUCGAUACGGUCUACCUAUCGGGGCAUGGAUGGCACCGUGCGUACUGGUUCUGAUGUACGUCAUGUCCCCGGUAGCCUGGCCCGUGGCCAAGUUGCUCGACAAGCUUCUUGGCGAAGACCACGGGACCAUUUACAAAAAGGCUGGAUUGAAGACCCUCGUUACCCUUCACAAGACGUUGGGCGAGGCCGGAGAACAGCUUAACUCCGACGAAGUGACAAUCAUAUCCGCUGUACUCGAUUUGAAAGAGAAAUCCGUGGGCUCAAUCAUGACGCCGAUGGAAGAUGUGUUCACCAUGUCCGCGGACACCGUCCUCGAUGAACGCACCAUGGACCUGAUUCUGUCCCAAGGAUAUUCUCGCAUUCCCAUCCACGCACCUGACAACUCCAUGAACUUCGUGGGCAUGCUACUGGUCAAGAUGCUCAUCACCUACGACCCCGAAGAUUGCAAGCGUGUCAGAGAAUUUCCACUGGCGACCCUACCAGAGACACGCCCGGAAACAAGUUGUCUGGACAUUGUCAACUUUUUCCAAGAAGGGAAGUCGCAUAUGGUGCUCGUUUCGGAGUAUCCAAGCGAAGACCGUGGGACCCUCGGAGUAGUCACUCUGGAAGAUGUGAUUGAAGAAUUGAUCGGAGAAGAAAUCAUUGACGAAUCGGAUGUCUUCAUUGAUGUCCACAAAGCCAUUCGUCGCAUGGCACCAGCACCCAAAAGCCGAGUGCCCAAGGGCAAAAUCGUCGAGGAGCCACCAAUGGCCACUUCCCUGACGGAGGGCGAGAUGGACGGGCUUGUCAAGUCCUCCUCCAUCCUGACACAAAGGUCUUCAGACCUUCCUCGCCGUCGCAGCUCCGUGGAAGCCCCUCCUCCACGCUUUCAACUUCGCCGACAAAAUGCCGAUCAGCCUUCAGACUCUCAUGACAAUUGGUUCACACAGAGAGGUGCCACAGACGAGAUCCGAGAACACCUGAAACACCUCGGACCCUCCAAUCUUGCAAGCCGGCCGCGUCAAACGCGCUACACCUCUGUCAAAAUCAAACGGAGCGGUACCUCGCCAUCCCGCUCUGCCCCGACAGACUUUGAAUCUGGACAAAGUCCCCCUGAUUCGCACCGGUUAUCUUCGCCAACUGGCCUUCAAGGAGGCAUUGGAGCAGGCCUUGUCAGUUCCGGUGCCGAUGCCAAAGACGGAGCCCAUGCUCUCAAAGUCGGAUACGGUACGAUUUCCGCGCAUGAUCAUGUCACCAAGGGUACAAAUGCCCAACAAUAUAUAGACCUUCCCCAGGUUUCCAUCCCUGAGGCCGUCCGGGAGGAGCGCGAAGAUCUCAACCGCACCGCAUCUACCCACAAAAGCAAGAGCAAGAGCAGUAGCAGCACAGGAAGCAUCCGCUCGACGGAUUCAAAGUCCGCUGAAUUUAUAUACCACCAUCGUGGCCCGACCCGCAGCGGCAGCAUCACAGAGCAAAUCGUGGACGUCAACGGCAUCCGCAAAGUCGUCCUCCAUGCUAACUGCUGCAGCUCGUCGGAAGGUGAGGCUGGAACGUCCCUUCGCCAAACUGGCAACUCCUCUCCUGCUACCAAGGACAGCGCUAUAAAUACUAUAACCACAAGCGACAUGCACUCAUCGGCGCACGCGUCCCAACCCAAAAAACGUCGCCGCAAGAAGAAGCAUGGCAAGCACCACAAAUCCGCAGGUGGUGACAGCGCUGCAGAGGACAAACCUCUUCUGCAUUAG